UCAAAGCGCAUGCGCUACUUUACGACCAAACAUGGCGACGGGAGGUGAUAAAAAGAAAAAAGAAAGUAUUUUUGAUCUGUCGAAAUUCUUGGAUAAGCCUGUUAGGGUGAAAUUUCAAGGUGGUCGUGAAGCAACUGGUGUUUUGAAAGGAUUUGAUCCAUUACUAAAUCUUGUGUUGGAUGGAACUACAGAGUAUCUUAGAGAUCCCGAUGAUCCGUUUAAGUUAUCAGACAAUACCAGACCCCUAGGAUUAGUUGUAUGUCGUGGCACAUCUGUAGUUCUUGUGUGUCCUGUGGAUGGUAUGGAAGCUAUCGCGAAUCCAUUUUUACAACAAGAAUAGUCGAGUCCAAAACAGUACAUGUAAAGCAAAACAUAGUGAAUUACUGAUAGAUUUUUGACCAAACCAUUGAGUGCCAUUAAGAUGUUUUAACUGAAGAUGUUUAAAAAUAUCAUGGUUAAAUUUGAACUAAUUUACUAUACUGGAGGACGAUUGAUCAGGAAAAGUUGUUGUGAAUGUCGUGUAUGAUACACAAAAUAUACUAAGUUAAAGGCAA